AUGUGUAAUCAUCCCCAUGCGUCCGCAAACUUGGUCGUCAAAUGCAUUAGAGGCAACGUUCUAUCUAUCUGGUCAGGGACGAAAGGCAGCAAAUGCGAGUUGCCAGUCGUCGAUGAAACCUUUCUACAGCCGUUGAAGGCGAUGCCGGAGCUGAAAAGCUGUGAUGGAACUACCCAUGGAGUCGGUGAAAUGCCUUGGGUAGAAGAACUGAAUAUCACAACGAUAAACGGUGAUGACGUUACCUGCCGGGCUUCUCCUAUAAACACCAACUGGUUGAUGACAUCUGCCAGUUGCUGCCACAAGGCUGCGGAAAUCAAAAGAUCUACUGACGGAACGAAUCACGCUGAAAAGCACAUCCAUUCGUUCUGGAAUGACCGAACUGACGGAACGCUCAGAAAUCACGACUUCUGUCUCGUAAAAUACGAAACACCGCACAAUAUUCCUGUCCCUUGUUUGGGUAAAGAGCAGCCGCCAUUAGGCGCAGCUUGCUGGGCUUUUGGAGAGAAUUACGGAGCAGCUGCUGUUAACUACUUGGGUACAGACUAUUGUCAAGUUAAAUCCGCAGUAAAGACCGAAAAUGCCGAACUUUGCGUUGGAAUCAGAGACGACAACCAAAACUUCAUGGUUGAUAUUUUGCCUGCUAAGCUUGUCAGAGGAACUCCUCUUAUCUGCGAUAUCGAUGGAAAUGCUGUUCUUUACGGAACUGGAUCCAUUGUUGACGACUGCAAUAGCUUAGAAAACUUCCCUGCUAUCUUCACUGACUUGUCCGAAGCGAGUGACUGGAUGCAUACGAUUUUAUAA